AACAAACGCCUCUUUUGUUUGGGUGAUUAAGAUUAUUUUACCCUGGACACUUGUUAUUCUGAGGUAAAUCUAUGGUUAUGCUGUACUCAUUAGCAGAGAAUACGAUUAUAUUGGUGGUAAGACCAAGGAAAAGCUAACGGAAGAGUAUAUAGAGGAGACAGGUGACAACAGUUAUGGAAGAAGAGACGCAUCAAAGUUCCAGAGAAGUUAAGGUUGAUGGCGAUGUGCAAGAAAUUUUAAUCAAUGGUGAUGGGAACCCACAAGGACAAGAAGGAAAUAAACAAUUAGAAAAGGCCGCCCCACAUUCUACUAAUGAGAACUUGCAUAAUUCAAGCAAUGAACUCUUUGAAUCGCAAGAAAAGAUCAGAGUACUUGAGCUCCAACUUCAGACGGUCAAUGAAGAGUUACAGAAGUCUGAUUCUGAUAAAGCAAAGUUAAAAUCAGAGCUUGAUCUUGCUAUAGAGAAACUAAAAUUAACUUCUACAGAGCAUGAAGAUCUUCAACUUGAACAUAAAAGGACGAGGGAGCAGAUAUCAGCUGAGGAGCAAAAGUAUAAUUUGCAGGGUUUAUCACUCCAGGAAGCAUUGAAAGAUCUAGAUGGGAAACAUAAGGAGGUUGCUGACACGAAGGAAGCAUUAGAUGGCUUGACUGCUGAGCUGGAUAGCUCAAAAAAGAAGUUAGAGGAGCUUGCAUUGCAGCUGGAGGCGGCGGCUGGUCAGGCACGUAAAUUCGAAGAACUUAGUCAUCAAAACGGCUCACAUGCAGAGUCACAGUCACAAAGAGCUUUAGAGCUUGAGAAAAUGUUGGAAAUUGCAAAGUUAGCUUCAGACGAGACAGAGAAUCAUUUAAAUAACCUGCAAGAAGAGUUGAAAGCGGUGAACCAGAGGUUGGAGGGGAGUAAUCAAGUGGAGGAAUUACUUGCUGCCUCAAAAAUUGAACUUGCUAAAUCUUUGGAAAAGUUGGAUGCUUCAAAAUCACAUGUUGGAGAGCUUGAACAGGAACUUACUUCCAAGGAGGCUCUCAUCGGCAACCUCUCUCAGGAAUUGGAUCUAUAUAAGAAUUCCGAAGACCAGAUGAAACAAGAAAAACAAGCUGUUGAAAGUAUUCUUACUUCUUUGAAAGAGGAGGUCCAAGCUAAAACUGUGGAACUUGAAGAAUUUAAAUUAAAACUUGAUGAGGAGAUUGGGGCUAGAGAAACAAUUGAAAAUAGGUCUCAGAGACAAGAAACACAAAUUCUAGAUUUACAGGAGCAGCUUGUUAAUCUAAAAGGUGAGAAGGAAACCCUUCAAAGCAAGCUGGUGGACCUCAGCACAUCUGAAAAUGAACUCAAAGCGCAGCAGAUGGAAACAGAUGCUCGAUUAAUUUCUGCUGAGAAGCGAAACAUAGACCUUGAGCAGCAAAUAUCACUUGUGGAACAAAAAUAUGCAGAUGCAGAGAAAGAGAUAAAAGAACUCAGUGGGAAAAGCAAAGAGCUCACUGCUUUGUUAGGAGAAGCUGAAGAGAAUCAUGCCCAAUCACGAUGCCAUGUUCAGGCAUAUGAAGAUCGGGUCAGCCAACUAGAAUCAUCUUUGAAUUGCUCAUAUUCAAAUAAAUCAGAGCUUGAACAGGAGUUGACAAAUCUAGCUGAGAAGUGUAAGGCGCGAGAAGAGCAAGUUAGUAUUUCACAUCAGCGUAAUCUUGAGCUGCAUGAGUUGCUUCAUGCGUCCGAAUCUAAAUUAGAGAAUAAUGAAAAGAGAGUAGCAGAGUUGGAGUUACUCUUGGAAGCCAUCAAACAGGAAAAAGGGGAACUGGAACAACAUUUGAAAUCCACAGAGGAAAAAUGUAAAGAUGCUGAAGCACAAUUGGAGCAGCAAGCUAGGAGAGUGCUUGAGCUUUCAGAAGAAUUACAGGAACUUAAGGAAAAUUCACAACGCCUUGCAGCAGAUCUGCAAACUUCAAAUGAAAGGGAGAAGGAGUUGAUAGAAUUACUGAAUGUUGUCACUGAAGAAAGAAAGAAGCAUGAAAACUUGUCAUGUAGCUCUGCUGAAAAGCUUUCACUAUCUGAAAAAGUAAUUGAGGAUUUACAAAUUGAGCUCAAAUUAACUCGAGGGAAAUUGGAAACAGUAGAGAGGGAUCUGGAGGCUUCUGGUUCGAGAGAGAAUGAAUUAGUGGAGAAGAUUAAAUCUGCUGAGGAACAGCUAGAACAUGAAAGAAAGUCAGCCGAGCAAUCUAUUGCAAGGUGUUUGGAGCUUGAAUCAUUGCAUGAUUCUGUGGUCAAGGAUUCUGAGCGAAAACUUGAAGCAGCUGUAUUAAGUUUUUCUGAAAAAGAUUCUGAAGCUAAACAUCUGUAUAAUAAAAUAAAUUCUCUUGAGGAGCAGGCAGCUUUCUAUCAAGAGCAAGUCAUGGACACAACAGAGAAACUAGCAUCUCUAAUGAUGGAAAUGGAGGCAAGUGCUGCAAGGUUGGCCACCUAUGAGUCAACUGUUGAGGAACUUACUGUCAAAUUAUCAGGCAGUGAAGCAAAAGCUGAGCGGUCAUUUGCUGAGAGUGAAAGGGCCAAGAAAGAGCUUGAAGAAAGCCAGUCAAAAAUAAAGGAGCUGUCUGAGUCAUUGAGCUCCAUUCAUACUGAAAAGGAAGCUAUUGAUAGCCAAUUGCUUAGCUAUUUGCAAAAUAUUACAGAAUUGACUGAUGAUCGUGCAAGAAGUUCGGAGUACCAAUCUCAAAUUGAAGCCUCAAUUAAAGAAACUGAAACAAAAUUGCGUGAAGCUCUUGAGAUAUCUGCACAAAAGGAUUCUGAAGCUAGAGAACUAAGUGAGAAACUGCUUGCAGUUGAGACCCAGUUUAAAGCCCAUGAAGAACAUGCAAAUGAAGCAGCUUCUUUUGCCAAAAACUGCAAGGCUGAGCUGGAGGACGCCAUGCUGAAAAUACAGAGCUUGGAAAGCUCCUUUGAGGAAACAAAAAGCAGAGCUAGUCAUUUCGAGAACAAGCAUGAGGAUUUAAGUCAAACAAACUUAAAUUUGUCUCAAAAGAUAGCAGAAUAUGAAACUAAAGUGAAUGAGCUAGAAGGUCUACUGAAAUCCAUAACAGCAGAGAAAGAGGAUGCAUCCGUGCAACUUGAGUCUAAAAGUAUAGCAAUUGAGGAUCUUUCUAAACAGCUGGUCUCUGAAAGAGAGAAACUCCAAUUUCAGAUUUCUUCUGUUCUGGACGAGAAUAGUAGAACAAAUCAAUUGUAUCAAGAUGCCAAGAAAGAGAUCGAAGAACUAAAAGUUCAGCUUGAAGAAAUUCUAAAUGUUCAUAAGACAACUGAAUCCUCCCUCAAUUCUGACCUUGAAAAUCUAAAAGCAGAGUUAUCUCAGAAAUCCCAGCUACAAGCUGUGAUUUCUGAACUUGAGCUGCAAUUGGCAGCAGCUGCUACCAAACACAAGGAAGAGGUUUCUUCUAUUUUGAACGAGAGUAACAGAUAUAAUAAAAUGUAUGAAGAUGCAAAAGAGGAGAUUGAAGCUGUAAAAGUUAAGUUUCAAGAAAUGCAAAAUGCUUAUAAGACAUCAGAAUCCUCCCUCAAAACUGAACUUCAAAAUCUGAAAGAGGAUUUAUCUCAGAAAUCUCAGCUGGAAGCUGCUAUUUCUCAACUUGAGCAGCACUCGUCAGCAGCUGAUACCAAGCAUAAGGAAGAGAUUGAAAAUUUGAGGCAAUUAGCUUCCGAGAAGGAUGCAAUCCUGGCUGCGAAAGUACAGGAACUUGAAAACAUAACACAAAAAAGGGAAGUUCUGACCCAGCAGCUGGAUGAUCUCCAGAAGGAGUAUAAUAACCUCAUCGCAGAACAGAAAGAAUCCGACCUGAGGAUGCAUCAGGACAGAGAGUAUGUGGUUGUAAGCUCCCACGAUGAGCUGGAGACUGAGCGGCAGCAUUCAUUGCUUCUAGAAAGCCAAAUUGAAGAACUCAAGCAGAAAUUGGAAACGGUUCAAACACAGAACAAGAAGGUUGAUAUUGUGAGCACAGAAGAUAACCUGAAAGGCGUGGAAUCAAAAUCCCGAGAUUUCGAAUUACCUGCGAAAUCCCCAUCCAAAAGGAAGAACUUGAAGAAAAACGGCGAGAAAGCUUCUGCUAGUUCUAAUGAGGCUUCUGCUGUCGAGAAUACUGGACUAAAUUCCUUCAAGUUCAUCUCAGGAGUCGUCGUCGUCUCCAUCUUCAUCGGAGUCUAUCUUGGGAAGAGAUAUUAAUAGAAUUUAUGGCUUGUUUUCUUUUUUGUCUCUCUUCUUCCUAUCCAUCAUUAUUUGACAAAUGAUGAUGAUGAUGAUGAUGAUGAUUGUAUUGGUGCUUGGCUAGGGUUAGAUGUGGGAAUAUGUUUUAUUAAUCUUCCCCAUCCUUGAUGCAUGCAGAGGCUGCUGCAUGGUUCAAGGUGUUUCUUAUUGUCUCAAGUUUUUUAUGACCUUUUUAUGCGGGUAGUGAGCAGUAAGGGAUAUUAUUUAAGAAUAAGUUGGGAGUUCUGUGGAGUCUUUGAGAGUUGCAUAUUUUUGUAGUAAGAAAUGUGUGUUGAUUUUGUGUAUUGUUUCAUGAUUGGUUGGACGUUCUGUUGAAUAUGUUGAUGUGAUAAGAUUUGCAAGGUAAUUGCAAA